CUGAGUCACUGAGACGAGACGCCAUGAAAGACUGACAUUAAGAUUCACCUGCAGAGAAAAACCAGACCGCUGCAGGAGGGAACACUGGGAAUACUGGGAAUAUCUGGACUUUUACCUGAAACUGAAUCCACAAACCGGAUAAGACGUAAAAAAAGAACAAAGAAUACAGAUUAAAGGAACUUUGAGUGACAGGGAGUGACUCCCAGCUGUUCGUCUCCUCGUCUUCAACUUGAGAUAAAAUGGCGUCCAAGUUAGAGGAAGAUCUGAGCUGUCCGGUCUGCCUCAACAUCUUUAAAGAUCCAGUCAUCCUGUCCUGCUGCCACAGCUUCUGUAGAGAGUGUGUGAAGGACUGCUGGAAGGAGAAGGAGAACAAGGAGUGUCCGGUUUGUAAGAGGAGACAGUCAAAGGAUUUUAAUCCUAACUUUACUUUAAAGAACCUGAGUGAGAGUUUUGUGCAGGAGAGAGAUCAGAGAGCUUCAGAGGAUCUCUGCAGUCUGCACUCUGAGAAACUCAAACUCUUCUGUCUGGACCAUCAGGAGCCGGUGUGUCUCGUCUGCAUUACUUCAGAAGAAAAACACAGCAAACACACAAUCAGACCCAUCGAUGAAGCUGCUGGACAACACAAGAAGAAACUUCAGGAAACUCUGGAGCCGGUAAAGAAGAAGUUAAAUGUUUUUAAAGAAGUUAAAGUGAAGUUUGAUCAAACAGCAGAACACAUUCAGGUCCAGGCCCGACACACAGAGAGGCAGAUUAAGGAGCAGUUUAAGAAGCUUCACCAGUUUCUAGAAGAGGAAGAGGAGGCCAGGCUGUGUGCACUGAGGGAGGAAGAGGAGCAGAAGAGUCAGAGGAUGAAGGAGGAGAUGGAGGCUCUGAGCAGAGAGAUAGCAGCUCUUUCACACACAGUCAGAGACACAGAGGACGAGCUGAGAGCUGAAGACGUCUCAUUCCUGAAAAACUACAAGGCUGCAGUGGAAAGAGUCCAGCAGCGCCCCCUGCUGGAGGAUCCACAGCUGCCCUCAGGAGCUCUGAUAGACCAGGCCAAACACCUGGGCAACCUGAGCUUCAACAUCUGGAACAAGAUGAAGGACAUGGUCUCCUACAGUCCGGUCAUUCUGGACCCAAACACUGCUCAUCCAGUCCUCAUCCUGUCUGAAGAUCUGACCUGUGUGACACGAGGAAAGAGACAGCAGCUUCCUGAUAAUCCAGAGAGGUUUGAUACUUACAGCUCUGUCCUGGGCUCUGAGGGCUUUAACUCAGGGACUCACAGCUGGGACGUCCAGGUUGGAGACAGUACAUACUGGUUACUGGGUGUGUUAGCAGAGUCUGGACAGAGGAAGGGAGACAAAUGGUCUGGAUUAUGGUUAAUAUGGUUCAAAGAUGGUAAAUACAGAGCACGCACCUCACCACAUCCAUCCACUGUUCUCUCAGUGAAGAAGAAGCUUCAGAGGAUCAGAGUGAAUCUGGACUGUAACAGAGGAGAGCUGUCCUUCUCUGAUCCUGAUACUAACACACACAUACACACCUUCACACACACUUUCACUGAGAGGAUGUUUCCAUACAUUUACACUGGUGAUAAACUCCCACUGAAGAUGUUACCAGAGAAGAUCUCUGUGACUGUGUCGUCCUGAUGUCGCUGGUUGUCUUUAUGACAGAGCUCAGAUCUGUUUGGUGUAACUCAGGGACUCACAGCUGGGACACUGUGGGGGGGGUAGAGUCUGUCCCUGUUCUCUGAGUGAAGAAGAGGCUGCAGAGGAUCACAGUGAGUCUGACACCAACACACACUUUCACUGAGAAACAGUUUGCAUGCAUCAGAACUGAGAGAAGAACUCCCACUGAGGACUUAACCACUGAAUCUCUGUGACUGUAGAUUUAAAAAAAAACAUCUUGAUGAUUAGAAUCAAAUUUCACUCAUUUUUCUGAACCGAUAUUUGAAGACCUUAACAAUCAAUGAUGGAUUAAUAAUGAAUAAUUAAUGAGCCAUAAAAAGCUGGUCUUCUUCUCAGUUUCUGUUUUGUUGAAGUUAUUUUAAACAUGAAUUCAUUAAAUACAAUCAGUUUGAAAUAAUUAAACUACGAGGCUCUCUCUUAAAAACAACGUAUUGUCAUGAUUUGGUCUUAUGUAGUUUGUAUUUUCACUUUGUUUCCUAGCUUAGUUUCUAGUCUUUUUAUUUUGUAUUUCCUAUACCUGUGUUUCUUUGUUCUAGUGUGUUUUCUUGGUAAUGUUUCAUUCUUGAGUUCUGAUCUCAUACGGAUCUCAUUCAUCUGGUGAAGGCUACGUUCCAUCAUUCUUGUAAUUCUGUUUUAAUUAAACUGGGUGCCUUUUCAUCAACUUGUUCAUUGGUAGUUUGUUUGUGUGUUUUACUCUGACUUUGAUUAUCGACCAUGUAAAAAAAUAAUUAACAUAAUUAAAAGAAAACAGUCAACAAUC